AGGGGCACGGCUUCCUUUAGUCUAUCAACACACACACAUACACUUUGGCUUCCUUGUCAAUUCAGUCUUAAAAGGUCUAUGUACCUGAUACACACUCACAAACACACACACAAUCCCUUUCUUCUCUUCCUGGGCUUCCUACACAGCCCAGCUGUUUUGUCCUUAUGGCUGUAAAUCUAGUGCAGAUUGGAGAAAACAAAUUCAUCAACAAAACUGAUUUACUGUCACAUCUCAAAACCUACAACCUUUAUUAUGAGGAAAAAUCGCUCCACCUGCGGCACAGAGAGGAGGAAGGAGAGCUGAUCAUUGAGGGUUUGCUUAGCAUCUUCUGGGGGCUGCGGCGUCCAAUCAGAUUGCAGAUGCAAGACGGCAAAGAGCCAACUGACUCUCCUCGUUUUCUUGCAUCUUUAAGGCGCUCAAGAAAGGAUGCGAACCAAGGUGAAACGAAAAAACAGCACACCACACUGGCUCCACCCACCGUUAAGAUCAUCGAGCCAGAGGAUGACUCCAGUGAGAGUCAGGGAGGUGAAACGGAGGAGGACUCAACCCUGCACAGGACCAGGAGCUGUCUGAGUGAGCGGAGUCUUGCUGGGCCGACAGAGCCUGGUAACCAUCGGCGACUCAGAAGGCAUCGAUGUUCCUUUAAUGGACAUUUUUAUAAUCACAAGACUGCAGUUUUCACCCCAACGUUUGGUUCUAUCACCAACGUCCGCAUCAACAGCUCCAUGACGACAUCUCAGGUCCUCCGUGUACUGCUCAAUAAGUUUAAGAUUGAGAACUGUCCUGAUGAGUUUGCGCUCUUCCAUGUACACACCAGUGGAGAGCGUGUACAACUGAAAAAGGAUGAUCACCCUCUAGCUAUCCGUCUUCUACAUGGACCAUGUGAACAGAUCAGCAAAAUCUUUCUCAUGGAGCCUGACCAGGUGGAGGAGGUCACCCAUGAUGUAGCACAGUAUAUAAAGCUGGAGAUGCCAGUGCUACUCAGCUUUAUUGACAAACUGAAGGAGGAAGAGAACAGAGAGAUGGAGAAGCUCAAGCAAAGGUACUGUGAUAUGCGCCGAAUGAUCCAGAAGCACAUGCACCGCGUGUCUGAUAAAGCUGUUUGUUAGUAGAUGAUUUGUUUAAGUUUCUCUCCCUCUCUCUCUCUCUCGUGAACAAGCAUAGAACUCUGUGGCAGUGGUCGAAAGAGCAUGACCUCUCAGAUGAUUUGUGGUCAAGGUUAGAGAAAGCAAGGUAGAGACUUACUUACUUGUGACGCCAUGUAGCCAAGCCCUUGUCAUUUACCUUUUUUUUUUUGUUCUCAUUAUGUUAGAUAGUUUUAAUCAUACAAUACUGGCAUGCACAAUUUAUAGUUCAGUAAGUUAUUCAGCUACUCCUAUAUGAUUUAAUGUGAUGUCAUCCCAUUUGUGUCAAAUUAAACUUGCCAUUAUUGACCCAAGUAUAUGCUUGUCAUUCAUCCACAUCAUGUAAUGCAUUUCCUUCCUAUUGUGCUAAUCAGAUCACACCAUACAGCACAGGGAUGAUUGGGGAAUUAUAGAAGUAUAAUUUGUGAUAUUUUGUAUUAUGUAUGAAAAGCCAUGGAAUAAAAUCAGCUCUUUUUGGCAUA